CCAGGCUUCAGCAGUCCCGGCGUACAACCAGCAACCAUAAAUCCAAUUUAUGAACUCUACGACGACAAUAUCCGCUGUGGAAGAGGGGCCGCGAUGACGGGACAUGGUGUUGAAACGCUGGCUGUCAGCGCUGGAAAUAAGAUUGGGUUCGUUCCUACUCAGACGGUUGACGGCAAAGACAGGGACGUCCCCUUUUACCAUCCUGGAUUCGCGCAAGCUUACUUGUCGCGAGCACCAGCGGACCUAGAAUCGUACACUGGGGAUGGCGAUUGGUUCAAGGUUGCGUACAUGGGCGCGAAAAACGAUACCGAAUGGGCGAUCCUAGGUCAUACCAUGGCGAAUUUUACACUUCCUAAGACGACACCGCCUGGAAAAUACCUCCUUCGCCUCGAGGUAAUUUUUGGAAUCACGCACGAAUUCAACGUCACUCAAUUUUACGUCAACUGCGCACACAUCGAAGUCAAUGGCCCUGGUGGCGGUAAGACGUCUCGUGCUAUCGGCUUGGCCGGGCUAAUCUUCGCUCAGGAAAGCCUGGCCCAAUGGUUAAAUUCCCGGGUGCGUACGACAUCUGGGAUCACGGUACGUUUGACGACUGAAAAUUAGCUUCGGCGCUAAUUUUGUUCAUGUUAUAGCCAUUUGGCAGCCCGCUCACGUAACCGGAUUGCAGAACCUCACUGGUUUUGUGGCCCCGG